GCCGCGCUUCGCCGGUUCCUCCGCUUCCAGCCAAGAUGGCGGACAGCUGCGAGGCUCUGGGCGCCGUCCCGGAGCACGAGCGAAUCUUGCAGGAGAUCGAGAGCACUGACACCGCCUGCGUAGGGCCCACCCUCCGGUCUGUGUAUGAUGACCAACCAAAUGCACACAAGAAAUUUAUGGAAAAGUUAGAUGCUUGUAUCCGUAAUCAUGACAAGGAAAUUGAGAAGAUGUGUAACUUUCAUCAUCAGGGUUUUGUAGAUGCUAUUACAGAACUCCUGAAAGUAAGAACUGAUGCAGAAAAACUGAAGGUGCAAGUUACUGAUACCAACCGAAGGUUUCAAGAUGCUGGAAAAGAGGUGAUAGUCCAAACAGAAGAUAUUAUUCAAUGUAGAAUUCAGCAAAGGAAUAUCACUACUGUAGUAGAAAAAUUACAAUUAUGCCUUCCAGUGCUGGAAAUGUACAGUAAACUAAAAGAACAGAUGGAUGCAAAAAGGUAUUAUUCUGCCCUAAAAACUAUGGAACAAUUAGAAAAUGUGUACUUUCCCCGGGUUAGUCAAUACCGGUUUUGUCAACUAAUGAUAGAAAAUCUUCCUAAACUCCGUGAGGAUAUUAAGGAAGUCUCCAUGUCUGAUCUCAAAGAUUUUUUGGAAAGCAUUCGAAAACAUUCUGACAAAAUAGGUGAAACAGCAAUGAAACAGGCACAACACCAGAAAAUCUUCAGUGUUACUCUGCAGAAGCAAAGUAAUAUGAAAUUUGGGAAGAAUGUUUAUAUCAAUCAUGAUAGAAUUCCAGAAGAAAGAAAUGAAAUUACAUUGAAACAUGUACUUGAGGAUGAAGAUGAGAGUGAAGAAGAGGUCUUAACUGUUCAGGAUCUUGUUGAUUUUUCCCCUGUUUAUAGAUGUUUGCACAUUUAUUCUGUUUUGGGUGAUGAGGAAACAUUUGAAAAUUAUUACCGAAAACAAAGAAAGAAACAAGCAAGACUAGUAUUGCAGCCCCAGUCUAGUAUGCAUGAAACAGUUGAUGGCUAUAGAAGAUAUUUCACUCAAAUUGUAGGGUUCUUUGUGGUGGAAGAUCACAUUUUACAUGUGACUCAAGGAUUAGUAACCAGGGCAUACACUGAUGAACUUUGGAACAUGGCCCUCUCAAAGAUAAUUGCUGUCCUAAGAGCUCAUUCAUCUUAUUGCACUGAUCCUGAUCUUGUUUUGGAGCUGAAGAAUCUCAUUGUAAUAUUUGCAGAUACUUUGCAAGAAUAUGGUUUCCCAGUGAAUCGACUCUUUGACCUUUUAUUUGAAAUAAGAGAUCAGUACAAUGAAACACUGCUUAAGAAAUGGGCUGGAGUUUUCAGGGACAUUUUUGAAGAAGAUAAUUAUAGCCCCAUUCCUAUUGUCAGUGAAGAAGAAUAUAAAAUUAUCAUCAGCAAAUUUCCCUUCCAAGAUCCAGACCUUGAAAAGCAAUCUUUCCCAAAGAAACUCCCCAUGUCUCAGUCAGUGCCUCAUAUUUAUAUCCAAGUUAAAGAAUUUAUUUAUGCCAGCCUUAAAUUUUCAGAGUCAUUGCACCGGAGCUCAACAGAAAUAGAUGAUAUGCUUAGAAAAUCAACAAAUCUGCUGCUGACCAGAACUUUGAGUAGCUGUUUACUGAACCUUAUUAGAAAACCUCAUAUAGGUUUAACAGAGUUAGUGCAGAUCAUCAUAAACACAGCACACCUUGAACAAGCUUGUAAAUACCUUGAGGACUUUAUAACUAACAUUACAAAUAUUUCUCAAGAAACUGUUCAUACCACAAGACUUUAUGGACUGUCUACUUUUAAGGAUGCUCGACAUGCAGCUGAAGGAGAAAUAUAUACUAAACUUAAUCAGAAAAUCGAUGAAUUUGUUCAGCUUGCUGAUUAUGACUGGACAAUGUCUGAGCCAGAUGGCAGAGCUAGUGGUUAUUUAAUGGAUCUUAUUAAUUUUUUGAGAAGCAUCUUUCAAGUGUUUACUCAUUUGCCUGGGAAAGUUGCCCAGACAGCUUGCAUGUCAGCCUGCCAGCAUCUGUCAACAUCUUUAUUGCAGAUGCUACUGGACAGUGAAUUAAAACAGAUAAGCAUGGGAGCUGUUCAGCAGUUUAACUUAGAUGUCAUACAGUGUGAAUUAUUUGCCAGUUCUGAGCCUGUGCCAGGAUUCCAGGGGGAUACACUGCAGCUAGCAUUCAUUGACCUCAGACAACUCCUUGACCUAUUUAUGGUUUGGGAUUGGUCUACUUAUCUGGCUGAUUAUGGACAGCCAACUUCUAAGUACCUUCGAGUGAAUCCAAACACGGCCCUUACUCUUUUGGAGAAGAUGAAGGAUACUAGCAAAAAGAACAAUAUAUUUACUCAGUUCCGGAAGAAUGAUCGAGACAAACAAAAGCUGAUAGAGACAGUGGUGAAGCAGCUGAGAAGUCUGGUGAAUGGCAUGUCCCAGCACACAUAGACUUCACGUGGCUGGCCGGUCACAGAAUGCAGAAAUAUGCUGACGAGGGCUUUAGAAGGGAACAGGAGUAAAUAUCAUUUGUAUGUUUUUUAAAUAAUUGAUUACUAUUUUAUAUAUGGAAAAUGUGACUUUUUUCACUUUUAGAAGGAAAAGGGUAAAAUUGUAAUAUAUAAAUCACGUCAAAGAUUGUAUGUAAAAUUGAUUCUAAAAGCAUUAUUAAAAAAACCUUAUGCCUCCACUUGUAUGUAUUUUUUCUAUUUAGACUUGAUAAGUUUGUUUUUUUCAUCAGCUCCUGAGGUUUGAAAUGCAAUCGUGUCUGAUAACGGGAGUACUUUACUGUCAUUUUCUCACCUUCACCUUCUGUUCUCAUCUCAGUGUGACUUAAGUAUAUUAAAAAGUUCUAAUUCUGCUGAUUCUGAGGGAGAAGACGACAAAUAUUAAAAUUCCCUGCAAUCAAAGUCAACUCAGUAAGAAUGGGCAUUGUUUGUUCUGCUUGGGUAAUUACUUCAGUUCUAAAUAGGAAGAAAGGGUUUUGAGUUUCUAAAAUGUGCUGUUUCUGUUCCUCAGGGUUAAAAUUUGUAACCGUGUUGCUUGUACCUGACCCCACUGAACUGGUUUGGUUUGGUUCAAGUUAGAAGUGGACAGGAGCCCACUGGGACCCCUUGCUGUGCAGCGGGCGCUGGGGGAGUGGGUUUCUGCACACACUAGUCCACCGGGCUCGGGUUACUGUCCCCAAACAGCGGCUCUCCAUCAGAUCCUGGCUGUGCACACCCGCCGGAGAACCUGCAGUUGUUCACUGCCCUUUGUGUAAGGUAUUGGGGUCCACGUGGCAAUACAGAUCUGACCUUUAUUCUCCCUACGUUGUAUUUACGCUGAACACUCGCUUUGCGCUUUCAGGGUUUACACCUGUAAGAAACGAUAUACCUGGCUCUGUAAAAUAAGCACAAAGAAUUAAUGUACAUCUCUUGGUUUUGUGAUGGAUGCAGCAUUAAAAAGAUUG